GAAGUUAUGGAUGGGUUGGCGUGAAAGAGGCGGGCGGUGUGAGUGCAAGUGAGGUCGGUUUUCCCCUCCUCCUUUUGGUAGAACUUGUCUGCUGCUGUGCGAUUUUUUCGGAGACCGGGGGUUAGAUUUCAUCGCUUGCCUGCUUCACUCCCUCUCCCGAAGCCUAGCCAUCCUCGACCAUGAGAACCGCCGCCAUCUUUCCUGAGCCCGGCUGUUGCCUUCUCGUUUUUCUGGUAUCCUGUUUUUUUCAUCCAACACGAAGUGAAAUAACAAGCCUUGACAGUGGAAAUAUAGAUGAUAUUUUAAACAAUGCAGAUGUUGCAUUAGUGAAUUUUUAUGCUGAUUGGUGUCGAUUUAGUCAAAUGCUACACCCUAUCUUUGAGGAAGCUUCCAAUGUAAUUAAAGAGGAUUUUCCAGAUCAGAAUCAAGUUGUAUUUGCCAGAGUAGAUUGUGAUCAGCACUGUAAGUAAACUGUUUUAAAAACU